GCCACUACAAGACAUAUCUAGAAAUAACUCGGACAUCGUAUGCUGAACCACGUAGUUCAGCAUACUUGAGCACUGCCGUUCUAAGCAACGAGCGUCCGUCAUGGCGCGGGUAUCCGCCGAGCAACAGUGGGCCUCACCGGUCGCAGUGUCUGCACUGCGACGGGGGACGACUGUCCGAAGUACAGAGGUCUCCGUCCUACAGUCGGACGACAAUUGAUUCACCGCGACCUCUGGUCACGGACAUCGAAUCGAUCGAGGCUGCGGGGGUGGGCCCCAGUUUAAACCCUGGCGAGCUCUCGCGACACGCCCGAAGCGCUCCAUGGAAUCUUGGUCGUCGCGAUCUUUCUUCUCCCUGCGUUUUGACAGACCUCGGAAAGUCGCUGAAGCUGAAGAUCUCGAGCCAGAGCGCUUUUGCGCUUUUGAAAAAGCCCUUCUCGGAAUGAACACCAGAAGCGUUUGGCGGUUUGAACUACGAUCGGCAGCCUCUGCGAGUGGCGACCAAGUGCAGACUAGGGGCGUUCGAUUGCCCUGGUCAGUCUCGGUUGUUUUAGCGGCGGUGCAGCGGCGCGAGCGCAGAGUGCAGGGCUGCUCUGCCUUCGACAUUCAUCGUUCAGCGCUCUCUGCUCUUCGGAUAGUGGCAAUUUGCAUCCUGUUUUGCCGGUGAACUCGCUGUGAGAGGUUCAGAUACCAGCUCGGACUAUUUGCUCGGGAAACAUGGGCAGACAAGACGUAACGACUGAGGAGCUCCUCGCAGGCGCAUUUUUAUCCAUGCAGCCGGCCUCGACCCUGAUCUCUCUCGCCAGGGACGUCGGCGGGGGAAUCAUCUCAGGCUAUGCUCAACAAACCCUUCUGAUCAAAUGUUUCAGGAACGAGGUGUACAUGCGCUAUCCCGCAAGCAAAGCGUACGUUCGAAAUGUAUUGAAGAAUAUCAUCCUGACAGCUGAGCAGGAAGGACAGGAGGUGCUGGAUGACUUGUAUGAUAUGCACUCCAUCCUUUUUCAAACUGAAAAGCAAUUGGCAGAGCGAUGCUACAAAACGAUAACUUUUAUGAUACCUGACGAAACCAUUUCAAACCUGACAUGCACCUUGGGUGAUGAAGGGAUGUUGAAAGCCGUUGAGCGGAAGUUGGUGACACUAAGAGUGUCUCUCAACAUGCUUGAUGGUGAUACUGGAUACUCCAUUUGGCCUGCUGGACUUUUCCUAUCGGAGUUUUUCCUGUAUUAUCCGGAGUUAGUGAAGGGUUAUUCGUGCCUGGAGCUCGGCUCCGGGACAGGCAUCUGUGGAGUUUGGCUGUCACGGUUGUCUUGUUCCAAGUUAGUGCUCACUGACGGAUCUCUAUCAACUCUUGUGAAUCUUCGUCACAACUUGUCGAUCAACGGGAUUUUGCAACCGAGUGGCGAAAACUUCCACACAACUCAAGACGUGAACAACCCUUUCAAUGUCGAGUGUAGACAACUGCUGUGGGAGACGGCUACUCAAGAGGAGCUCGACAGUUUUAACGCUGAAGUCAUUAUCGGAGCAGAUCUAAUUUACGAUCCGACACCCCUUGUCCCGAUCUUGGCUGGGCUUUUACGGCCAAAACGAAAUUCAAAAGGUAGCUCGAACUGCUCUCAGGUUACUCAAGACGAGCUAACGAUCAACAGUUCUACUGAGAAUGGUGAAGUUGGAAAGGUUCUACCAGAGAAGAGUAAAGGAGAUGGGAACGGGUUGAUCUAUCCUGUAGCAUAUUUAGCCCAAGCUAUCAGAAACGUUACGACGCUCGAGUUGUUUAUCAGCAUGGUCUCUCGAGCCGGUCUCGAGUUGAUAGACGUAACAGAUACAAUGAAGCCUCCCAAGUGUCUGCCUGAUCUGGACGGAUUCGAUAGGAGUCAAAUAAGGAUUCAUAAAGUGUUUUACCCCUCAUCGUAAUCUGUAACCCGCUUAUUGAGUAAAAUGGCACAUGCGGAUUGAUAACUCUCUCGU